AUGGAUGGAGGCCAUAGCGGCCAUGAUAUGAGCGGCAUGACCAUGAGCGGUGGGAUCUUUACGCCUGGAGACGAGCUCAUCGCACGAGACUUCUGGUACGGCAUUGCCGGAUGCGUCGGACUCCUCACAAUCAUCAGAAUCGCGACUGCGCUGGAGACCAGACAGCGUCUAAAGCGACAGCAACGAGAGCCACAUUCGAUAUCUUCAAGACCGAAAGGAUGGCUAUCACAAGCGUUUGCUACCACCACUGCGACUGUACGAGAAGGCUUGUAUCCUCAGCCUGUCCAUUUCACUGGCCGCUUCAGCAAAUACUUCACGCCACUAUCUGUCGGUAAAUGGCUCCUCCUUACAUUCUACUGGGUCGUCCUGCUGUGCUUUCUCUGGAGCAACACGAUCCUCAAACCCAACAACCCAAUGUACGCCUACAAGUGGGAGAAGGUCGGCUUUCGAGCAGCCUGGGUCACGGUCUCGCAAAUCCCCUUCAUCUACUUGCUUUCAUGCAAGUUCAAUCCCAUCAGUCUUCUAACGGGUAUCUCGUAUGAACGAUUCAACUGGCUUCACCGAUGGGCUGCGAGGACAGUCUUUCUGACUGCGAUCGUCCACUGGAGCUUUUUCUUCACGGAGUGGGAUAUCGCGAAGAUCGUAAGCUACGAGUUCGAACUCAUGCCCAUGGUCAAGUACGGCUUUGGAGCUUGGGCAAUCAUUGGCUGGAUGGUUCUCUCUGGAUUUGGGUUCUUCCGCAAUAUAAAUUACGAGAUUUUUGUCUUGCAACAUAUCGCUGCUGCGGCUGUGUUGCUGUGGGUGCUGUUCGUUCACGUACCCACGUACGCUCAAUACAACAUCUGGAUGUCCGUCGCAUUCAUCACUUUUGACUGGGGUGCUCGAAUCAUUUGGGCUCUUUUGCGCAAUACACAUAUCCUCGGCCGGGUAGGCCGGAGGCUUCCUGGAUACGCAGCAAGGCUGGAGCCUUUACCUGGUGACGUUGUCCGCCUGACCAUCGACGAAGCAGACUUCUCCUGGAAAGCAGGUCAGCACGCAUACAUCACCAUUCCCGGUCUCUUCCGUCCCUUCGAGACACAUCCUUUUACCAUCGCAAACGCCCCGAGCAGCAAAGACUCGAGCCAACGACGCUUGACUAUGCUGAUUCAAGCUCGGUCAGGCUUCUCGCGGAGCUUGCACAAAGCCGCUUUGAAGAGUGAGGGCACCGAUCAGCAAUAUCGAACCUUUAUCCUGGGGCCAUGGGGCAUGCCCCCUGAUCUAUUACAAUACGACACUCUCGUCCUCAUUGCAUGCUCAUCUGGGGCAUCUUUCAUCAUGCCUUUAUUGCAAGAUGUCAUGCGAAGGCGAGGAUGUGUUCGCGCGAUAACAUUACAUUGGAUCAUCAAAGAAGACAACCACUUCUCGUGGUUCGGCGACGAACUGUCCGGCCUGGCGGAGCUAUACAAGAAGUCGACAACAUCGUUGCAGAUCAGCGUCCACAUCACGAGAUCUGACGGGUCGCCUAGCGAUGUCAUUGCGUCUGCUGCGGCUGAGACCAAGCCUGGUCCUGAAGUUGAGACGUUCAUGGUGGACUCUUCAUCAGAAGCUGGCUCCAGUCUUCGCAAGGCGGGGUCCACAGAGAAAGAGGCUCAUCCUUCACUAUUGCAGCAUAAUAGGCGGAGAGAGCCAUCUCUGAGCAGGAAAUAUGCUGGAAGGCCUACACUGGAUUCGAUGAUACGGCCGUCGGUUGAGUCGGCGCUGGGCGAAACUGCCAUUGUCGUAUGCGGCGGCCAAUCUAUCACCGCGCAGAGUCGGACAUAUGUCGCCGCUCUGUCAGAUGAGCGGGCGGUGCACAAGGGAACAGGCGCACAAGGAAUCAUGCUGUAUACCGAGACGUACGGGUGGUAA